GGGGCCAUGCAGGAAGAGGUAUCGAAUUUUGGCCAAUCAAAAAAAGGUGUCUUGUCUGUUCGUCAUUAACAUGUGGAUCUGUAAAUAGAGCGGGCGCGAGGCGGGCGCCAGUCAUUUACUGUUCGUUUAUUCGAGAAGUAGCAUCAUGCCCGAUCCAGCCAAGACCGCGCCCAAGAAGGGAUCAAAGAAAGCCGUGACCAAGACGGCCGGCAAAGGAGGCAAGAAGCGCAGAAAGUCCCGGAAGGAGAGCUACGCCAUCUACGUGUACAAGGUCUUGAAGCAGGUGCACCCUGAUACCGGCAUCUCAUCCAAGGCCAUGGGCAUCAUGAACUCCUUCGUGAAUGAUAUUUUUGAGCGCAUCGCCGGUGAGUCUUCUCGUCUGGCUCAUUACAACAAGCGUUCCACUAUCACCUCCAGGGAGAUCCAGACCGCCGUGCGCCUGUUGCUUCCCGGCGAGCUGGCCAAGCACGCCGUGUCCGAGGGUACAAAAGCCGUCACCAAGUACACCAGCUCCAAGUGAAGCGCGUUACCGCCGUCUUCAUCAACCCAACGGCUCUUUUAAGAGCCACCCACGUUUCAUACAAAGAGUAAUUUCCUCUCUUUCGCUUUCUCUCUCGCUGUGUGUGUGUGUGUGAGAGAGGGAGGGGGACUUCUGAAGCGCUGCACUUCCGCGGAUGUUCAGGCUUUUGGGUAAUUCUAGCAAUCUGCUAAAUGCAGAGAUGAGUAAAUCUAAACAGGGUUGUAGCACGGUUUCGGGGGUUGUAUAAUCUGAGCAAUGCAAAAUGGGAUUUUAGCAGCACAAAGUUAUUCGUAUUAAGAUUGUAGCAACAGUUGAAAACCAUUUUCAAUAAACCAUUGAAAUGAAACCAUUUUCAAUAGUUGAAAAUGGUUUUCUACUAGCACAUAAUCAUUCUACAUAAGGGGUGCCCAAACUUUUUCCUGUGAAGGGCCAAAAAUCAAACUUGAUUGAGGGCUGUGGGCCAAAAGUAAAUGUUGCAUUAUACCAAACUGUAUUAUAUUAAAAUUAAAGUUGCCAUGGUUCUCUAUCAUUUCAUAAUAUUUACAAAUAAAUAAAUUAAUAGAAAACAUUAGUCUGUAUCUGCUUCACUAAUGCAGUUUUAUUUUCAGAGUUCUAUAGUUCAAUGAAACUUACAGUAUAAUUAAAACAUAGAACCAAUCCCAUUUAUAAUACAUGUUCAAUACCUCAUACAACUAUUCAAGCUAUAAGCAAUACAGCCACAUGCCUGCAAUAUCAGUGACCUCUAAUGAGACACAUGAAGCUGGUCCUUAUUUUUCAAACGUUUUUCCAAAUUGGGAUGCAGUGGACUUACUGUCAAAGUCAGGAUAUUAUGGUGGUGAGAGUCAGUUACUUUGCAUCUCAGUUUACACUUGUUUAAGUUCAUCAGACUGAAAGUCUGUUCACAGUGGUAGGUACUGCCAGACAGAGACAGCAUCACUUGUGCCUGUUUGCCCAUCUGUACCUGUUUGCUGGGACACAUUUGUAGAGGUCUGUCAAGGGAAGGGACCUGAACUUGUGUUUGAGUUCUGAAUCACACUGAAGCUCAAUUGGUUCCAUCUGUAGAUCAUCACUGACUGUGUCCACACUGAUGGUGAAGGGUUGAACAAACCACUCAAAGUCAGAAGCAUUGUGUCUGAAGUCCUCAAAGCGACUGUCAAACUCCUGGAAAAGGUUGCUGAAAACAGCAUCAUACUCUGGUACCUUCUCUUUCAUCAUGCCUGCCUCUCUAAAACAGGGAAAAUGGGCUAAAUUUCCUGGAUGUGGAGAUGAGAGAGAGAGGAACAGUGUGAGACGGGGAGUGAAAGAAGAGAGAGGGAGGCAAAUAGAAUAAAUAACUGACAAAACAAGGAAAUUAAAUCAUGAUAAUUUAAGAGAACUUUGACACAAAAUUUAUCAGCUUGAUUAACAAAAAAACCCAAAGCUGACACCACUGGAUAUAAAUGCUAACUAAAUAUAAGUAUUAAUAAUAACAAUAACUGCACAUAAAACUAUGGUGAAUAUUAUAAUUGUGAAUGUUAGCUGCUGAGAGAUGUCUUCUGAGCAGCAGUAGUUUUUGUUUGAAGGCUCUAACGUGAUAAAAAAGCUGGGUGAUAAUCUGGUCUUUUCCCUGGAGCUGAACAUUUAAAACAUUGAGCAGCUCUGUGACGUCCACCGGGAAAGCCAGGUCAGAAAACCAUUUCUCAUCCAUGGGCUCUUGAAUACUACCAAUCUUGCUUUCCU